AUGGACUCGCUCAAGAGCAUGUUCUUCCGCAGCGGCGACGCGACCCGACCCAAAGCGGUCAAGUGGCUGGGCAUGGGUCGACCGACGGCCGGCAAGAGCGACCAGAUGUUUAUCAGUGCCGAAGCAGCUGAGCAAGUUUUCGAGCCCCUGGGCGAGACGCUCAUCAAUCUCAUUUCGAUCUUUGGAGCAGCGAGACAGGGCAAAUCGUUUCUAAUGAACCUGCUGGCCGACCAGCAAGAUCUGUUCAAGAUCUCGAACCUGCGCGAGCCGUGCACACAAGGCGUGGAUCUAUCAGGUCAUUUGGUACCGCUGAGCACUUUCAGUGGCUUUAACGGCUGCCCACCCGUGGUCUCGAGAGCCAGCAGAGAUAUUCGCAUUGGCUUUGUCGAUGCAGAAGGUCAGGGCGAUCGAGACAUUACGUACGACUCGAGGCUCGUGUCGCCGGUGCUGCUUGCGUCCAAAGUGGUGAUUUUCAAUUGGAAAGAUAGUCUGCAAGCAGACCGCAUGUUGAACUUGUUGGCUGUGCUAGCACGUGCAGCGCAGGGCAUUGAGCUAGCGGACGGAGCGAACACAAAAGUGUUUGGACAUUUGCAUCUAGUGUUUCGGGACUGGAGCUUUGUGGGCUCGACGCCAGAGGAGGUGUAUCGAGACUUGUUCCAGAAAGAAAAGGGGCGGAGCGAAGAGGUGAACGUGCGAAACCUGGCCCGCGUAAAUCUGAUUGAGGCAUUCGAGUCGAUCAACAUUUGGCUCUUCCCGGCACCUGUGGCCAACACCGCGAACUUGAAAGACAAGAUCCGCUUCGAUAUGCUGCAGAAACCGUUCCAGGACAAGCUUCGUGAGCUACGCAAGUGCUUGUCGAGUCAGCUGCAGCACCCUAUGAAGUUCUAUGAACGUCCGUUGACGGCAAAGUAUCUCUCGCAGAUUAUGCCGGCGCUAGUAGAUACUUUGAACAGUGACCAAGUGAUCAUGCCCGAGUCGAUUUAUUCGUCAAUGGUACGCGCGGAGGCCCACGCAGCAAAACAUUGCUGUGAAAAGGAUAUUUCAGCGUACUGUGAAGCUGCUGGACUCGAAGAAGUGAUAUCUAGUGAUGAGUUCGACAAGAUGCUGCAUACGGAUGUUGAGAUGAUUAUUCUGGAAGCUUACGAAAAAAUGAACAGCUUUCCGGCUGCAGUGCGCAAGGAGGUUCAGACUUCUCUUCGUGCAUUUGCCGAGAAAGAAAUUACGAUUGCACUUCACACAAACAGCGAGAAGAUCGCACAGCUUUUUGCCAAGGAAGUGGAUGCUGCUUUUCAAUCAUUGAAACGAGAGUGUCAAGUGAUUGAAAAGACCAAACUUCCAAUGAAGAGCGCACUGUUGCGUCAGAAGUGCACGGAGAUGCUCAACCGUGAGUUGACACGCAUCAAAGCCCUUCCCAUGGGCUUACAGGGAGCGCGCGGAGUCGAGGUCGAGUGCGGCCGUGUUGAACAAAAUGCCAGUCUUCUGUUUGAUAAGUUGGAGGUGGCGAACGACAAGGCUAUUCAGCAAUCUACCGCCGCGAUGAACAACGUGGUACGUGCAGCCAAAGCGCGGAUGAGCUCUGAGCUGCACAACAACCUUGACAAACGGUUCGAAGAGAAGCGCCCUGUGACGGUGACUAAGCUGCAAAGUGAGGUGGAGAUCAUUUUUGCUAAGGUGAUGAAAGAAGUGGCACAGAAAGCUGGCGACAUUGGCGAAUUUGGCGUAUCCGACUUGCAUGCCGAUCUUGAGCACCACAAGGCCCAGUUGGCGGACGAGAUGAAUCGACGGUACAUAAUCGAAAUGCGUCAGAUUCUGAACGAGAUCAGCUAUGCGGCUCGGGAGGACUUGGGGAACCAAGUUACGUACCGUCUUGACGGCAAGUUGCCGAUGCUGGAAGAAGACAUCAAGGCUGCCGUCGAUAGUGCAGUUGCACACGUUAAAGGCACCAUGGCUGACAAGCUUCAAGGGUGGACAAUUCUCAAGAGCGAUCUUGAGACGAAGAGCGUCGAGCUGGAGGAACUUGGUGAUGACUUCACAGAUAAGUACCUGCAUCGCAAUCAGCAACUGGAGAAAGAUGCUGGUGUCCGCAAGGAAACUGAGCAGUACGAGAAGCUGCGAGUCGAUGUGACCAAGGCGUUCGAGCUGAAGCUCAAGGAGGUUGGUUUUCCAACAAUGGACGAUGAAAUCGACUCGAAGUUUCGUUCUGUCCUACAAGACCAUGCUGCCAAGUUCUUGUCAAGUAUAGCGGAUCGCGAUGCCACCAAGUUCACUGCGAAGAGCCUCCGUGAGAUCCUUACGAGCGAUUGCAAACCAGCUGUGGACAACCAAAAGAUGCUCAACCGACUUGCAAUCGAAAGGAAGGAAGCAUUGGAUAUAGCAGAGAAAGAGAGGCGCAUGCGCGAGCGAGAGCGGUUAGCUGCGGUGCAGAAGGAAGAAGAAAUCAACCGCCUGAAGAGCGACCACUCCAAGUGGCUUGGUGAACGAGAAGACGAGUCGAAGCGUCUUCGUGACAAGCUGCAAGAAGAGGAGCGCAAAGCUCGUGAGCUGCAGCAGCGUGUAGAAGAGAUGAAGCUACAAACUGCUCGGAUGGAAAGACAGAAACAGGAGGAGCAACUCCAGUCGAUAGAGAAGUCUCGUCGCGAAACGAGGGUGAAGGAGGAAGAGAAAGCGCGACUGCAGCUUGAGUUGGACGAAAUGAAGCACAAGGCUGCUGAAGUGGAGUCGCAGAAGCGUGAGCUUGAGGCGCAAGUCACGUCUGAGGCGAAGAAGAAAGAUGAAGCUGAAGAGUUGAGACAGCAGCUGGAGGAAAUGAAGCGUACUAUUGCGCAAAAGGAGCAAGAACGCGUAAGCAUGGAGUUGCAGAUUCAACAAGAGAAGGCGUCACGUGAGCAAGCGGAAUUCGCUGCACAGCAAGCAGCGAACGCAGCAGAAGUAGCAGCCCGGGCCGCAAUUGAAGCUGGUCGACGCCAACCAGCUCCUGCUCUUGCCAACACGGAGGAAACUGGACGUAAGAGACCUUUCGCCAGCAGUGAAUCGGACGAUGUCGAGAUGGAAGACGUGUCUCCGUCGCGGCUGCGCACCGCUGGCCGUGCUGCCACAUCCAAGUCAUCUCCAGCUGCCAAGAAGCCUCGCGGGCCAAACAAGGCGAGAAGUGCUGCUCACGCAAAGGGGGGCAAGCAGAAAAUGUCAUUAGCGGAAGCGCGCAAGGCCGCUCAGGAAGAGGUGGAGAAACGGAUCCAGGACCGGGCUAAGCUACUUUCGUCGUCAAAGAAGAAGAAAUAG